UAAAAAUGUAUAAGUUAUUGUGUCCUCACACAGGCCUAAUUGCGCCUCCUGUGCGACCCCCGCGAUGCGCAUGACGCGUUGCGCACGGCUGAGAGACGAAGGCGGCGGAAGAAGGGGGUGGAUUUGUUUUCGCUCACGUUCAGCCUAUAGGAUCGCGCAGAAAGGCUCGUGUGCUCUGUCAUUGGUCAGACUGCGUGCCGAUCACGGCACAGCGUCAUGCGUCAUCAGUGCGGCUGCGUUAAAGGGGCGAGUAAUCUGUCAUUGGAGAAUUACAUAGUCUCAGGUUUGGGACGAGAUGUCCCUCUGACGCGCAGGUGCGCCCGCGGUUUAACCCGUUAUAAACAAACCCAGGGGCAGGCCUUGAGAAAAAGAACCCUGUCGCUGUACAUCUGCACUCUGCCUCAGUCUGGAAACAGGAUUAAUCUUUGGGAAUUAAAGGUCUGCGGUGUUGUUUUGAGGCUGGAAUAACGGUAAGGGUUUUUUUUUUUUUCUUGGAUGUGGGAUUAUCUGUCGAUCUGUGUGCGCUCGGGCAUCCUUUCCCAACCGACCCGAUAAUGAUAUCUGUUUAAAUUCUAACCUAUUUUCAUGUGCUCAGCAAUUAAACCGUGCUUGUCAUUGGAAAGUAUCGCGUAAUGCAUCCGUUUCCUGAUCCUGAUUUCCCUUCAAUGCCCUUGAAAAAGGACCAGUGUGAACCGACUGCGCAGUUACAUCCUUCUGCGUCUUUCUGCUCCUCAGCGGAAUCGACGCUCAUUGGCCUCUUGAUGCGCAAAGGUCAGCAUCAGCAUCCUCGCUAGCUCAUCCCUGCAUCCCCAAAUCUCUCUCUCUCUCUCUCUCUCUCUCUCUCUCUCUCUCUCCCGCGGGUGCCAUGGGGAACCGAGGCAUGGAGGAGCUGAUCCCGUUGGUGAACCGUUUGCAGGACGCCUUCAGCAGCAUCGGGCAGAGCUGUAACCUCGACCUGCCGCAGAUCGCCGUGGUGGGCGGCCAGAGCGCAGGAAAGAGCUCCGUGCUGGAGAACUUCGUGGGAAAGGAUUUUCUUCCCAGAGGCUCUGGCAUCGUCACCCGCAGGCCACUGGUGCUGCAGCUCAUCACCUCUGUCACAGAAUGGGCCGAGUUUCUUCACUGCAAAGGGAAGAAGUUCACCGAUUUUGAUGAGGUGCGUCAGGAGAUCGAGGCUGAAACCGACCGCGUCACUGGAGCCAAUAAGGGCAUCUCACCAAUUCCUAUCAACUUGAGGGUGUUUUCUCCACAUGUGUUGAAUCUGACUCUGAUCGAUCUGCCGGGGAUCACCAAGGUGCCCGUGGGAGACCAGCCAGCAGACAUCGAGCAGCAGAUCCGCGACAUGAUCAUGCAGUUCAUCAGCCGAGAGAGCUGCCUCAUCCUCGCCGUCACACCCGCCAACACCGACCUGGCCAACUCCGACGCCCUCAAACUGGCUAAAGACGUGGAUCCUCAGGGUCUGAGGACGAUUGGCGUGAUCACUAAACUGGACCUGAUGGAUGAGGGCACUGAUGCUCGAGAUGUUUUGGAGAACAAGCUGCUUCCUCUGCGGAGGGGUUAUAUCGGGGUGGUGAACCGCAGUCAGAAGGAUAUUGAAGGAAGGAAGGACAUUAAAGCGGCUCUGGCUGCAGAGAGGAAGUUCUUCCUGUCUCAUCCUGCAUACAGACACCUGGCUGACAGCAUGGGUACACCUCAUCUGCAGAAAGCCCUCAAUCAGCAACUGACCAAUCACAUUCGGGACACGCUGCCUGCUUUUCGGAGUAAACUACAAUCUCAGCUUCUCUCUCUGGACAAGGAGGCCGAGGAAUAUCGUCAUUUCAGACCCGAUGAUCCGUCACGCAAGACUAAAGCCCUGCUGCAAAUGGUGCAGCAGUUUGCGGUGGACUUUGAGAAGCGGAUUGAGGGAUCGGGUGAUCAGGUGGACACUGUCGAGCUGUCAGGAGGAGCCAAGAUCAACCGCAUCUUCCACGAACGCUUCCCUUUUGAACUGGUCAAGAUGGAGAGCGAUGACAAGGAGAUGCGCCGGGAGAUCAGCUACGCCAUCAAAAACAUUCAUGGCAUCAGGACGGGCCUGUUCACUCCAGACAUGGCGUUUGAGGCGAUAGUGAAGAAACAGGUCGUGAAGCUGAAGGAACCCUGCAUUAAAUGUAUUGACCUGGUCAUUCAGGAGCUCAUCAACACAGUGCGUCAGUGUGCUAAUAAGCUGGGUACGUUCCCCAUGCUGAGGGAGGAGACCGAGCGAAUCGUUACUUCACACAUUCGUGAGCGUGAGAGCCGGGCCAAGGAGCAGAUUCUGUUGCUCAUCGACGUACAGCUCGCAUACAUCAACACCAACCAUGAGGAUUUCAUUGGAUUUGCCAAUGCACAGCAGCGGAGCAGCCAAGCAAACAAGACGAGUUCUGCCGGAAACCAGGUCAUUCGCAAAGGAUGGUUGACCAUCAACAACAUCAGCAUCAUGAAAGGAGGAGCUAAGGAGUACUGGUUCGUGCUGACGGCUGAGAGCUUGUCCUGGUUCAAGGACGACGAGGAGAAAGAGAAGAAGUACAUGCUGCCCCUGGACAACCUGAAGGUCAGGGACGUGGAAAAAAGCUUUAUGUCCAGCAAGCACAUGUUCGCCAUCUUCAAUACAGAGCAACGGAACGUCUUCAAGGACAACCGCUUCCUAGAGCUGGCAUGCAACACGCAGGAAGAGGUGGAAAGCUGGAGAGCAUCCCUGCUCCGCGCUGGGGUUUACCCCGAGAAAUCUUCGGUGGAGAGUGACAGCUCUAGUGCUGCAGAUAACUUCUCCAUGGAUCCUCAGCUGGAGAGAAAGGUGGAGACCAUCCGGAACCUGGUGGACUCCUACAUGGCCAUCGUCAACAAGUGCAUCCGGGACCUCAUGCCCAAGACCAUCAUGCAUCUUAUGAUCAAUAAUGUGAAGGACUUCAUCAAUGCAGAGCUGCUGGCUCAGCUGUACUCGGCUGGGGACCAGAACGCACUGAUGGACGAGUCUCAGGAGCAGGUGCAGCGCAGGGAGGAGGUGUUGCGGACCCACCACGCACUGAAGGAGGCGCUAGCCAUCAUUGGAGACAUCUCCACCACUACCAUCACCACCCCUCUGCCUCCUCCUGUGGAUAGCUCCUGGCUUCAGGCUGGUGCUGGCGGCUCCCGCAGGUCUCCCCCACCAAGCCCCACUGCCCCACGCAGAAUGUCCGCAGGUCAGAGGCCAGCAGGCCGGGGUGCUCCUCCUCCUCCAACACGCCCAGGGCCUCUUGGGCCCUUUAACAACAGUGGUGAUAGUCCACAGGUGCCCAACCGCCCAAACCGUGCUCCUCCCAGCAUUCCCAGCCGCCGACCCCCACCUUCCCCUACCAGACAGGUCCCGUAAGCUGUCCAGAGGGAUCCCCUCAUCCUGGACCAAGCACUCACACACGCCUCAGCUCUUACGUCUCAUAACCCUCUGAUCUCUGAGCUUCAGCUUCCUGCAUGUCCCAGUCUUUAACUUCACUGCUCCCAAGUCAUUACUAGGCCCGCCUUGUGUGUGCACAUUCCCCUGCAGUGCUAGUGUCCAUAUUAGCCACGCUUGUUCUGUGCCGUGUCUCUGUGCCUGCGAUCUGGAUUGGCCAAGCAGGACUCGGAGCGAGUCCUACCCACAAUGAUACACACAUGAUUUUUGGCUUCACUCUUCUCUAGUCUGUGAAAUCCAUAGUGACCGUUCUGCGCUCCCUGAUCUCUGAUCAGAGCAGCGAGGCUCCUCGUAGUGCAUGUUUUGUUUCCGAGAGUAUAUUUUUAUGCGUGUGUGCCCGCUCAGGUGUGUGCAGGUCUUGCUACCUUGCUAUGUGAAUAAUAUUUUUAGCGAGAGUCUGUGUGUAUGUGUGCUUACAUCACAGUCUCCCCCGAACGGAAAGUCAACGUGUAAGAUAGUGCGUGUGUCUGAGUUGGAGUUAAGACCAGUCUUGUGAACACACUGUCCACGAGCAUAACGUCUGAAGACGAAUGUUUU